AUGAUUAUACCUCGAUGCGUUUUCCGCAAUGUUGCCGCGACAGUAAUACGGAAAUGGAGCAAAUCAUCCGACGGCUACGAAGUUCAUGAGUCCAAUGUGUUGCACAAAUCGAAAGAUUACCACUAUAAAGCAGGAUUCGCUAGACGUCAACGAAAAGGCAAGAAACUGCAUGGAGAAUUCGAUGAACGUUACCAGAAGGAUAGACAAAGCCAACCCAUAGAGCCAUCGCAACGAUCACCUGAUUAUAUCAAAUUUCUGGAUUCCAGACUGAAAUGGUUCAACGAGGGCACAGCCACAUGUAUGCAACGAGUGGUAACAAACGUAAAGUUCGAUAAGUUUCGUUCGACGCAAAAGCAAAUGAUGGCAAUGGCAAAGGAGAUUGUUGGCGACAUAAACGUUCACGACAAAGCAACGACACAACCGAGCAAAAUACGUGUAGUCUUCGUGGGCAACUGUUCAACACCGGCAAAUUCAACAAUCAAAGGUCAUAGGCGGUCACCCGGAAAUGCACCAAUCGUCCGUUAUUUGAAGCAGAUUCCGCAAACGUAUGUUGACGCCACCAUCGAUGAAUAUUGUACAACGAAGAAGUGUAGUCGAUGCUACGAAACGCUCGACGAUGUAGUUUUCUAA